AUGAUAACGUCAUGGGGAUAUAUGAUCAUGUUUGCUGACAGUGUUGUUGAACGUUUGUUCGUAGAAAAGCAGUCCACAGAGGUUACUGUUAGCAUUGUACAAGUCAAUUCGGUUUCACUUAAGAACAAAGCCAUGAAGAGUGCGUUGGCAUUUGAUGGCAACCAGCUUCAAUUUUCUGACUCAAACAACAUUCAUCGCCUCACAAAACAAGAACUCGAAGCAAUUAUUCAAUUCAGCAGCAACGGAAAACCGGGCAUCGUAGAGGCUUAUGCAAAUCCAGGGAAUUCAUUUCUGCCAUUCAGACAGCAGGGAAAUCUAGCUGACCAAUCUCUCAUAUUAGUUAGAGCUAAUCCCAACGCAACCCGUGCCCCUGGGUGGACUGUUCAGAACUAUGGCAUGGACGAGUCAUUACUUGACUCAAGCAGAGCAGCCCAAAACGAAGACAUCGAUGUGUUGGAUGAAGAAUUGACCAAACUGAUGCAUGAAUGGAGGCUCUCAGACUCAGCUUUCAAGAUCUUUAGACAGAACAAGAUUCUGUGCGUAGAGGAUCUUUACGAGCACGUAUCACUGGAGGACAUUCCUGCAUUGAAGCUUGGCCUGGUUGACGAAAGAAAAGCCUUGAAGAUGCUAUUGUGGAUCAGGUCGGAAAAGGAUGCAGGCAGUUCCAAAGAGCCAGCACCGAAGGAUAUGAAUCCUAAGGAAACGCACAAGGAUCCUCAAGCAUCCGAAACGACCAACGGCAACCAUCCUUUGCCUGCUGACGACUUCUUGUGGAAGACAAUUCAAGAGAUCAAUUCUUAUGACGUGAAAGCUGAACCUGAUCUACCUCGACAGGCUGCAGCAUCCGAACAGAAAAGCGCUGUGACGCCUGAGGUUCCCAAAGAAUCUUCCCCAAAACAGAAAGAAAAAUCUGACACUGGCGAUGCUUCUUUUCUGUGCUCGUUUGGAUGUGGAUUUCAUGGGUCCUACAGCGCAGUGUCUAAGCAUGAAAGCAGUUGCUCGUUAGGACUGCAGCCAACACACCACCAGCCAGCGGCCAGGGCUUCAGUGAUCAUUACUUCUGUUCCUUUGGAUGCGGAUUUGGUGGGACAUACCAGCUUGUCUUUGACCACGAGCUCUCUGCCCAUAAACAUUUCUUUUGUCAAGGCCAAUGUGGAUUUUCUGGCCCAUACGAAGCUGUGUUGA